UGCUUUAUCCUCCCAGAUAUGGCUCAGUAGUGCCGUAUAAAUACCCAACUCUGGGAAGAGCUGCCAUUCAGCAUCUUUGUUUUUCAAGACAUCUCAGCAGCACAAGUCACCAUGUCUUACCCAAUGACCUCCCAGCCCCAGGCAAUGCAAGGCUACACUACUAGUAGCAGCCAAUGGAACUCCGAAGUGAUGGACUGCUGUGAAGACAUGAGCGUCUGCCUUUGCGGAGCGUUUGUCCCUUGCAUUCUGGCGUGCAGAAUAGCCACAGACUACGGAGAGUGCUGCUGCCUGCCGUUUUUAGGAGGUACCAUGAUGGCCAUGCGUACUGGCCUAAGGGAACGCCACCACAUCCCGGGAAGUAUCUGCAAUGACUGCGUGUGCCUCACCUUCUGCGGGCCGUGUACCCUCUGUCAGAUGGCGCGGGAGCUGAAGGCCAGGAAGUGAUGAACCAAUAGCAUAAUGGUGUCAUGGCGGGCAUCCACGGACUGUUUUUAACUUUGAGAGAACCUGAAAAACACCGAAAUCUCAUUGAAGGGGGAAAGGUUACUACGUUUGUCACCCCUGACACCCCCCCCCCCCCUUUCCCAACCAACAUCUGACAGCGCUACAAGAACUGUGAUUCUGCACUGACAUUACAUUACUCUGUUCUAAUUGUGAAAGCAUUUAGAGCUUGUAGCUGAAAACUGGAUUUUAAAUUGUACAUUUUAUUUCCCCAUAUGAAUGCCAGUUCCAAUAUUUCAUGCUGUGAUGUGUACCCCUGUGUUAUAUUACCCCCCUAGCUUUUUUUUAGGACAGUCUGAGAAUACCAAACUUAUAUUAUACCCACGUUGCAUUAAAGUGGAUGUAAACCCGA